AUAUCAUACUUGCGGCAUAUGGGGCUGUUGCAUGGGUGUCUUUCAUUCGGCGAAAUACCUAUUGGACGAAGUGUAGGAAAUAGGAAUGCAUUUUUUAGCCAUUUGCUUCAAUUCGCCACGCUUGAAUGUAGUUUUAGUUGUAAAAUUACGUAUACUUGAUGUUCUCUUGAUGAUCAGUAUUCCAUCUAAUGAAAGCCUAGCUCAAUGCUUUAAAAAUUGUCAACUUGAACUUGAAACAAGAAAUAAGAAUUAAACCAUUUUAAGAAUGAACCAAGAAUAGAUGUAUUUUAAACUUAAACGAUAGCUCAUUAAUAUUGAGAGACGAACCCAGCUUAUUUUCUUUGACAUCAAAGUUGCAUCAGCUUGCACCAUCCGAACAAAAAAUAUGCAUGAUGAUUAGCGAGCAUCAAAGAUGACAAAUUUACAGUAAGAGGCUAAUUCUCCCCUCAUUGACCCAUUUGUGUCUUCUGUGUAUCAGUAUCAUUGUGUUAGGAAGUGAUCAAUAUUUAAAAACCCCUCGCCCUUGCUGGCCAAGUAAAGGGGGGCAGAUGCUGCGGGUUGCCCCCCAUGAGGUCUGUUCGUGAUAGCUUGGCACACGCUGGCGAUAGAGCUGAAACUUGUCUGGUGGCUGGCCACUGACCUAUGAUGUCAUAGGAAACUUCUACAGUCAUGGUCCUAAAUUGACAAAUUUGCAAUGCCAAUCACCAAUGCCCCCAGUGCCAAAGGUGCUUUCACAGGGAGAUGUAACUUCCUGACCUAGUGUCCUCCAGAGGUCUCACUACUUCUUCUGUGUCUCAGAUUUUUCAGAUUUUUCCUCUAGUGUAGGUACAUUAUCUAUAAAAAAGAUGUGGUCAAGAGCUCUGUAUGCCUAGUGAUUAUCAUUGUUGUACCUAUGUACUUAUAACUAUAAGUUCCUGUGCAAUGAAGUUCCCUUGGUUGCCAUUAAUGGACCACAGGCUCUACUACCUACCUAGUUGGAGUUUUUAUAACAAUGUCCGCUGAAAUGCAAGCUGAAGAGCUUGAGGUUUUAAGGUCCAUCUAUGAAGGAGACCCAUCUUACAUUGAAGUUGAUGAGAAGACCUUCCAGUACAAGUAUGGGGAAGAUGGUGACAUUAAAUCAUUUCUGGUUGAAGUUAAGUGGACUGAAAAUUACCCUGACGAACUACCCAACAUCAACCUUGAUGCUUUCUAUAACAAGCACAUCCUGCCGGCGGUGAAGGAGCACGUGGUGGACCAGGUGCGCCAGCAGGCGGACACCAUGCUCGGCAUGUCGAUGACGUUCACCCUGUUCGAGUGGGUGAAGGAGAGCGUGACGGAGCUGAUGGCGGAGCAGACGGCCGCGCCGCCCGUCAGCCAGGCCGCCGAGGAGGUGGAACAGCUCACCAUCACGCAGGAGGGUGGCGGCGUCAAGAAGGAGAAGAAGGAGCAGCUGUCCAAGCAGCAGAAGCGACGCGCCUGGGACCGCGCGCAGGUGGGCGGCGGCGGCGAGCGCGCCCGCGGCUGGGACUGGGUGGACAUCAUCCGACACCUGUCACAGACGGCGCCCAGCUAACGGCGGGCCGUCCACCGGGCCGUCCUGGGCUCUCCUACCGUCCCCGCUCACACAGAGAGAGACUGGCUAGCCAAGCCCCUACCGUCCCCGCUCACACACACAGAGACCGGCUAGCCAGUCGCACGUGACACCAAGCGACGAUAUCUCGAUCGGAUGUUGAUGUGGUCAGAGCUUUAGCGGAGGCUUGCCGAAGGAACGACUAUUUUCUACUAGAGCUCGUCCCUGGUUGGUGGCGUUUCAGGCGUGGGAAGCACAUAUUUCUGACCACAAAUCGUCAGAGUUUCGGCGAUUGUUUCACCUUCUGGCAAAAGAAGCAAACUGGGCGCUUUUGUGACCACAUUGAAUAACGGUGGGAAGCGGGCGGUGCCGGCGCUGUGGGAUCCAAAUGUGAUGCAAAGUGUUGUUGUGUGUAGUGUUGUUUUCAUUGGUUGAACUGACGGGUCAGAGUCCGUCAUACGUGCUUGCGUGACGAGAAGCGCCAAAGAGGUAUCUGGGAGUAUGGUUUGGCCGACUAGGUACAAUGUUGUCACUCGGGACAGGCUUGUUGUCAGGCUCCGUUUCCAUCAUAGUCUGUUCCGGUAUUGCAUCCGGUUUGUUCCAUCUGCCUUCAGAUCCUAAGGACCUCCUUCAGUUACUUUAGUUGCCUGGUGUUCGCUAAAGGAUGCGUUGAAUUGCACGUUGAAGAUUUGUCAUCCUUCCUCUUAUUGAUUACCGAGAUUCGGGUAAAAGAUUGGUUUUUCGUCUGCAUUUUAUUUUGAGACUUUCUUUUUUCUCCUUAUACCUUCUGCUCAUACUUCCUCUCAGCUAUCAUAUACAUUUUUUUCACUUCCAAAAAAAUGUAUAUACUCAUCGUUACUCGCUGGAGCAUAUUUUUCGACAUAUGCUGCCCGACGCUCCGGCUCUCUGCGACGUAAUAUACUGUAGUGUUGCACAAUGAUCGACCAUGAAAGGUUUCGCUGUCUUCCGACUCAUAAUUCGUCAAGAGCAACUCACUGCUUUUACCGGGAUUUUAAUUUCUCUUGCUAUUAUAGUAUUUGCAUUUUUCGAGAAUCGAGAUGAUAUGUUGAUCACGAUUGCUGACAAUACAUAUAGUGAUACUUGUUA